AUGUUCGAGGCCCUAGCUCGUCGGUUCGCUGCUGAAAUAGAACUCUCGGAUGAGCUAUUGUACAGCCCGCAGUACUAUAGCCCUCCAAGGAGGGCAUAUGGAGGUCGACCGAGGAGUCCACCCAGGAGAGGUUAUGGUGGUGGAGGAGGCGGUGGCGGUGGCGGUGGCGGUGGAGGUGGAGGCUAUGGUAGGCGAAAGGACAACCAAGGCAGCCUCUUGGUCCGUAACAUUCCUCUUGAUUGUGGCCAAGAAGAGCUUAAGGCUGCAUUUCAGCGUUUUGGGGCUCUAAGGGAUGUUUACAUUCCAAAGGACUUUCACACAGGGGAACCCAGAGGCUUUGCAUUUGUGCAAUUUGUGGAUUCAUAUGAUUCCCUUGAAGCUCAGCGUCGCAUGAAUGGACAAAUAUUUGCUGGCAGGGAGAUUACUGUUGUGGUUGCAGCAGAGUCCAGGAAAAGGCCAGAGGAUAUGCGACAUAGAACUCGGACUAGGUCCUACUCUCCUCCUGCUCCAAGAAACCGCAGAGACUACUCGCCUUCCCCAGGCAGGAGGCACCCUAACCCUCCAGUUCGAUCUCCAUCUCGCUCUCCAUCUCCCAGAGGUCCUCCUCCCCCUGAACGAGAUGGCGGCCGCGACAGGCUAUCAUAUUCCCCACAGGGUUAUGGCAACCCUGACAAUGUAGACAACAAGGGAAACGGCUAUACCGAGAAACAUGUUCAUGGCUUGGAGGACGAAAGAGCUUGGAGGAGGCCAGCAGCUUCACCUGGAAGAAGGCCUGCCGCCGCGGCCAUUUCGAGAUCCCCAUCAGGCUCUAGAUCAAGCCUUUUCGUUGCGGCCGACUUCUUCCUGUUGAAGGUGAGUCCAAUCGACCACCAAAUGGCCGGCGGCGGCGGCGGCCACAGGGACCUAGGGCCGGCGUGGUUGAAACCAAUGCUGAGAGCGAGCUACUUCCACCCCUGCCCUUUCCAUGGCGAUUCCAACAAGAGCGAGUGCAACAUGUUCUGUUUGGACUGUACCGGGAGUGCUCUCUGCUCGUAUUGUUUGAUCAAUCACAGAGACCACCGUAUUGUUCAGAUUCGACGAUCUUCUUACCAUAACGUGGUGAGAGUGAACGAGAUACAGAAGUACAUAGACAUUGCCUGCGUCCAGACCUACAUUAUCAACAGUGCCAAGAUUGUGUUCUUGAACGAGAGGCCGCAGCCUAGGCCAGGAAAAGGGGUUACCAACACUUGCGAGAUAUGUUGCAGGAGCCUCCUCGAUUCCUUCCGGUUCUGCUCUCUCGGCUGCAAGCUGGGAGCCAUGAAGCGAGGAGAUCGAACCCUCACAUUCUCACUUCUGAAUAAGCACAACCACAGAGAUCACUUCCUCGGAGGUUUCGACUCUGAUGACUACGAUGACUAUGAAUCGUCCACUCCCAAGAAGAUUCGGAGGACGAAUUUCUUCAAUCGCAUGAUGGACAGGCUAUCCAUCCACUCUUUCAACAGCGGCGAUGGAAGAGACAGCUCAGGUGAUGAAGCUGCAACCAACAUUUCCCCAUCGACUCCCCCUAUCUUCAAUCAUCGCAAUGCCAGGAGGAGGAAGGGCAUACCUCAUCGCGCCCCAUUUUGACAGCCUUCCUCCAAUAUGCUAGGAAGAUAAAACCACAGGGAGGAGGGUUGUUUCCAUGCAGCACUUGGUAGUAGUGUGUAGUGAAGCAGUAACCUUAUACACAGAUAAAUACAUACGGUAGGAGUUGGUAUAGUUUUGCUGUCUGGGUUGUAUAUAAUAUAUUCAGCUAGCAAGGGUAGUAGUGAUGAUGCUCUGAUAAUUAUGAGCUGGUGGUCAGUCUUAUAUAUGCAGUCUCUUUUCCCUUUUGUGAUAUAAGUUACUAGGGUAUUGUAGGAAUGAUGGGUAGCAAGUAACCCAGUACUGAGAACUGUAUAUAUGUAUAAUGCAGGUAUAGAUGUUUGGUUGAUGUGUAUACCAACACAGGAAGCUUUGUGUAAAAGCUUAUGGGAUACUCCUCUGUACAUGUACACUUGUGUAACAAGUAACACCAAGUAGUCUUUGUACAGGAAAGAAGUGAAUGAUAUUUCACAGCUUGGUUAGGUG